AAUUUUCUUUUUUCUUUUCAAAGAAAUCAUAAAUUAGUUUUAAUCAAAAUUUGCUUGACAAAAAAAAAGUUUUUAUCAAAAUUUAGUUUUACCUUUUUCUGAUCAGUGAAAUCUAUUCCAAAUUUAUUAUAAUUAUUAUUUAAGAGAUGUUAUGAUCUAAAUACACAUAAAUUCAAUUUAAACUUAGAAAAUGACAUGACAUACAAACAUUAAUAUUUUUAAUUAAUAGUAUAUUAUAUCAUUUAUCACAACUUUCUAUUAGUGGUUUUAUCAAUUAAGAUUAUUUAAUGGUUUUAUUAUUUUUGAAAAAUGAAAUUAAUGAUACUAGUAUUUAUCUUACUUCUUUUCUAAAACUAAAAUAAGUAUAUACUUUAUAACUUUAAAAAUAAUGAUCCGAUAAAUUAGUUUAUUUUCAUGUAUCUAGAAGACUAGAGCUCUAGAUUAUGAUUUCUUUCCAAAAUAUUUACUACUAUUAAAUCUUCUCAUUUGAUUUGCUAUGAUUAAUAAUAGUGAUUAUUCUGUUAUUGGACCAAAAAGUUGGAAAACAGUAGAAGAGUUCCUGUCCGUUGGAUUUACCCAAAGCUUCUCUUUUUUUCCUUACAUCCCACGACCGUAAAUUCAUAGCCUUGGUCCAAGUCAUCAACCGUGUAACCGUGUUGUGUUGUGUAAUCUCGGUUCAUUUCCACUACUACACAAGAGACUACUAUCCCAUAACCGUCGUCAUUAUCACUGUUAAUAUCGCCACGUCAUUAUAAAAUAAUAUUAUAACCGUCCGGUAAAAACUGGGCCCCAUCUUCGUAGACUUUACAGAUUGACUUGUUGAAAAAUAAAAAACGUACAAUAAAUAAGCAAUUAAAAAAGGCUUUUAAUUAGGUCUUUUUUUAAUUAAGAUUGGCAAGUGUUGAGAGAGCAAAUCCGACUUGUGUUGGUAUAUAAUACGGCGCCAAGGUAAAAACUCUUUUUUUUUCUCUCUGAUCGCUUUCUUCUUCACUAAGUUCGAGGAUAAUUCUCUCUCGUUUUCCGUUUUUUCUUCUCGAGGCAAGUUCAAUUGUGUUCAAUGGAGCCCGAGAUCGCUCAUCCUGUUGCUUCGUGCUCGAUAACUCUAACGCCGAACAAGGCACCAACUUCAGAUGCUAAUGGUGUGGAGGAGCAAUAUGAAAUGCAAAACGGUGGUGGUGUUGUUGAUAAUAAGAACAAAGGGAAGGCUAUACAAUUGGAAUCACCAUCUGACGAUGAGCAGCUUGAGGGAUCUGCUAGCGAUUCUUAUGACGCAACGAAUAACAAUGGAUCCACUCCACUGUCAGAUAGUUUGCUAGACCCUGACUCUUUGGUAUAUGAAGACGACGAUGACUAUUCUGAUCAUUAUGCCUAUGAGAUAGAGGAUGAGAUCGAGGAUGAUCAUGCAGAUGAUUACGUCUCCGAGUAUCAAGCCCUUUUUGAUGCCAAGGAGAAGGAAAUCCCAGCUGGUGUGGAGGUGGCCAUGGAUUGGCUUCCAAGUUCGGAAACUGCUAAACCAAGUGGAAGCAGCAGCAGCAGCAGCAGCUCCAAGAAAGCAACAACAGGAAGUGGAAUCUAUUUAACUCCAAACAAUGCUUACGCAUUGCCACAAAAAAUCCAUGGUUUCCAUUACUCUGGACCAGCUUUGAAGUAUUCUUCCACUCAUCUUGGGCCUAAGACUGAUCCUGGUACCGUGAUGGAGGCUCCAGCUCCAGCUUCUUCUGGUUUAUCGCUUCAGAUGUCCAAAAAAAAUCCAGGAUAUUUGGGUUUUGCUAGCACUCGGCCUCACGUGGAAGAGGUUAUCUCAGCUCCAAGUACUUACACAGUUAAGAGAAACGUGGAGGAUUAUCUUGGCAAGUAUUUGUUUUUCAAGAAGUUUGACAUUGUGGAAGAUCUUGUGGACCACCAUUAUGCUGCCAAGGGAACAGCUUCCAAACAGCAUUCAAAGGAAUGGACCAAAAGGAUCCAAGAAGAGUGGAAAAUUCUUGAGAAGGAUUUGCCAGAGCAGACGAUAUUUGUGAGAGCGUAUGAGUCGAGGAUGGAUCUUUUGAGGGCUGUAAUUGUUGGAGCCGAUGGAACUCCCUACCAUGACGGUCUCUUCUUUUUCGAUAUCUUCUUCCCUGAUACAUACCCUUCUGGCCCACCGAUGGUUCAUUACCACUCGGGUGGGCUAAGAAUCAACCCGAAUCUGUACAAUAGUGGGAAAGUGUGUCUGAGUCUUCUCGGGACUUGGAGUGGUGUCCAGACGGAGAAGUGGAUCCCCAACGAGUCUACAAUGCUGCAGGUUCUUGUCUCAAUCCAAGGACUAAUCUUGAACCAAAAGCCUUUCUUCAACGAACCUGGGUACGAGAGACUGGCGGGUUCUCCAUCCGGGGAGGGCCAAUCUAAUGCUUACAGCGAGAAGAUAUUCUUACUUUCUCUCAAGACGAUGGUUUACAACAUGAGGAGACCACCCAAGUAUUUUAAAGACUUCGCGUAUGGGCAUUUCCUCAGCUCUGCGCACGACGUGUUGAAAGCGUGUAAUGCUUAUAGAAACGGAGCUCCAGUGGCGUCUUUGGUGAGGGGAAAUGUUAAAGGAGGGGAAGAGAGUAGCGAGAGAUGCUCGGAGUCGUUCAAGAAAGAUGUGGGUGUCUUUGUGGACACGCUUUUAUUGAAGGAGUUCAUUCUUCUAGGCGUCCUUGGUCUCGAACCGGAAGAAAAUGAAGAAGACUAACCCUCUGAGAUUAGCAGACCUAAUAGAGUGUAGUUUCUUCAAAUUGAACUUCAUUGCUUCCUUCUCUUCUUAUUUAAAAAAAAAAAAAAAAAUUUCUUGACAUUAAUCUCUCUGAAGAACAGAAGAGGACUUGGUUGAUCCUCUUUUUUUUUUCACUUAAAUAUGACAUUAGUCCUCUCAUUUGUACAGUUUUGCCUUGCUCAGAGUUUUCA